AUGAUGGAAUCAGUCUUCAAGGUCGCCAUUCGAGGCGUUCAGGUCCUCUGGGUCCUGCUCGUUACAGCAUUGAUCGGCAAUGUCAUCGCCCUGAACAUUAACGGUGCUGGGUCUGCCAUGGCUGCGAUCAACUUCACAAUGUUCGUUGCUGUUAUCUGUUGGUUGGCUGCUCUUUACGGCCUGGCCACAUCGUUCAUCACCGGCAUCGCCAUUCCCCUGGUCAUGUUGGCUCUCGACGGUGCGGCCUUGCUCUUCACCUUCAUUGACAGCAUUGUUUUGUCCGCCAAACUGCGUGUCGUCAACUGCGGCACGCUCGACGGUCGCGACCACCCAAGCGACUAUAUCGUCUGGGGCUCCGCUGACGACGAGAAGCGCUGCCGCGAGAUCCAAGCGAGCACUGUCUUCAUGUGGUUUUUGUUCGCCAGCUUUUGUGCCGGAGCGUUCUUUACCUUCAUGGACUUCCGUCGUGGCGGUGGUGGCUCUAUUCGCAGCUCUCGGCCCUCUAUGGCUCAGGUUGGAGCCUAA